UCCCGCCCAUUUGUACCAGAUUCCAAAUCAUGGAAGAAGCCGCAGCUGAAAAAGCCCUAAUCCUUCUCCGAUCCCGUCUCUGUAACCCUAAUUUCCUCUUCACUCCUCUCUCCGAUUCUCCAGAUUCCAAUUACAGCAAGCUGAAGUUCAUCAUCACCAAUUCCAUUACUGAGGCCUGCAACAAUUCACUCUUGCUACUUGGCCCCCGUGGAUGCGGGAAAACCGCCGUAUUGGAGCUUGUCCUGAGAGAUUUAAAUGUUGAAUACCCCAAUAUGAUAUCACUGGUUAGAUUGAAUGGACUAUUGCAUAGUGAUGAUAAUUGUGCAAUCAAGGAAAUUGCCAGACAACUAUGCUUGGAGCAUCAAUUGUUAUUCUCAAAAAUGGCCUCAUUUGAUGAUAACACUCAAUUCAUGAUAGCCAUGUUGCGAGAGUGUGGAUUAGCUCAUAAGACCAUCAUUUUUGUUCUGGACGAGUUUGAUCUCUUCACUCAGGGAAAGCAGCGGUUACUUUAUAGCUUGCUGGACGCAUUGCAAUCUCUAACUUCACAGGCUGUAGUCAUUGGUGUCAGUUGCCGCUUGGAUGCAGACCAACUCUUAGAAAAGAGAGUACGAUCCCGUUUCUCACAUAGGAAGCUAUUAUUUGUCCCUCCAUCAACCGAAGACAUACAAAGAUUGUUAGAACACAUAUUAUCUUUACCAACUGACCUAGAUGUUCCUCAUGACUAUGCUGCUGAGUUCAAUGCAAAGAUCCAUAACAUAGUAGGUGAUCAUGGAUUUGUAGAGAUUUUAAAUUCACUGUCAAAUGUCGAUGCUAGUGUCAGCUAUCUAUUGAGGUUUCUAUUUCAUGCUGUUAGUUUCAUGGAUCUCGAGUCUGGAUUCCUAUCACUUGAGAACUUCAGAACUGCAAUUUCGUGCAUCCAGAGGCAACCCAAGCUCGAAACUCUACAAGAUGCCUCCAUACUAGAGUUCUAUCUUCUGGUCUGCAUGCAUAGGCUGGAGGUCAAAGAACAAAACUCAUACAAUUUCAAUUCCAUAAUGAAAGAGUACAAGAGCGUACAUGAUGCUUAUCAAACCUCUGAUUAUUAUGCACGAAAUAUUUGCUUGCGGGCAUUUGAACACCUGCUAGAACGUGAAUUAGUCAGUUUUACUGACAGCAGGGGACAGAAUCUGUCUAUUGAAUUCCGUCCAGUGAAACUUCUGGUAGCGUCCCAGGAGCUCUAUCAGGGGUUGCAAUCGAACCGCUCCUGUCCUGCAAUUCUUCAGAAAUUAUUCAACCGUGAAAGCUACAAAUGACAGGAUGGUGAAUUGAUAGUCAGCUGCAUUGUGAGUUGUAGAUUCAGCAUAACAAUCUUUUCAGGUGGAUGAGAUGCAUGCAGUGCAGUCAGAAAUUGCUGAGAAAUUGCAUAUGGUGUGCAAGUUAUUCAAAGUAAACCACCCAAAUUAUGGCUGCCGGUUUAGAUGUAUCACGAACCAAAACUUACUCUUAUUUGAUUAUCUAACUAUUGGAUUGCUGAACAUUAUUGGACGGUUCAAAAAUGAAAGAUAAAUAAAUAAAAUUAUCCAAUGCUUUUAUUUCAAAAACAAGUGUCCACGUAUCAGAUGUUAGGAUUUGUUCAAUCAACCUGAUUUUUAGAUAGUAACUUAUUAGCAGAAUGUUCCAAAAUUUAGUCUGUACAAUUUCAGUCUUUAUAUUUGUAACAUUUCACGAAGUGCUUGCGUAUCAAGUUUCAUGUGCAGUCUGAGUAUCAAAUAAGUACUCUAUUUCUUUAA